UAUAAUGCUUCAAUAAACCCGAGAGCUGCAGCCUGCAGAGCUGUUUUAACCGCGCUCUCGGUGACUGACCAAAACGCGUCCCGUUUUACGCGACUUCACCCACAUAAACUGAGAUGUGCCAUCAGCUGGCGGUGACACGGACACACAGCUCACCACUCCUCACCCUCAUCCCUCCCUUCAAACCCUCUCACUGCCAUCUCCCGACAUCAGCCGAAUGAGGGGACAGGGAAAGAAAAACCAAGUGAGUGAAAGAAAGAAAUAAGCAGGGAGCGGUGCUCCAUGGUCACUCGCCCAUUGGAAGCUCGAGAGCGCAUUUUGGAUUCGACUUUUUCUUGGAGGGGACUUGAGAGAAGAAACAAGCGUUUGUUGGCGUGCCAAAGGCGAACAGCCAUGCACCUGAAUCGGGAGAACGAGGACGGAAAAGGUUCUUUGUCUCUGAGUGUGUUCCUGGUAUCGGUGGGUUUAACGGUGUGUGUCGUGUGGCUGGUGGCGCUAUGCGGGGUCUGUGGAUGGUGCCAACGCAAACUGGGGAUGAGGAAUAAGCCGGGGGUGGAGACAGCGGGGACCCCAGACUCAGUGUCUGUUUCUGGGAGAGGACGAGGAGAAAAUAAAGCCAUCAAUGAUCUCGACAGGGACUUUUGGAAUAACAACGACAGCAGCACUGUGCAGCAGCGCUGGAGCUCCUAUCCGCCCAAGGAGUUCCUCCUCAACAUGUCCCCCUACGCCCCCUACGGAGACCCUCGCCUCACGCCCAAAGAGGGGAAGAUGGUCGUACUGUCCCUCGCGAUCGGAUUGGCCGAACAAGAUGACUUUGCCAACCUUCCAGAUCUACAGGAGGCGCCAGCCAACAAAGAAACCCCUCCCGCAGACAAAAGAUCUAAUCAACCCGGCAGCAGCCCUAAAGGUCAGACCCCAGACGAGAGCAGCCGCCGGACAGACGCUAACUCCUCCGUCUCAGACCUGGCCAACUCCGUCACCAGUGAUAUGCUGAUGUUGUCCCCAGGCUCUGAGGAAGAGGAACACGAAGGACCCGUGUGUGAGAAGCUGGGACGCAUCCAGUUCAGCGUGGGAUACAGUUUUCAGGACUCCACACUGACAGUGAAAAUCCUGAAGGGUCAGGAUCUACCUGCGAAAGAUUUCUCCGGCACUUCAGAUCCAUUCGUCAAACUCUACCUUCUGCCAGACAAGAAGCACAAACUUGAGACCAAGGUCAAAAGAAAGAACCUCAACCCUCACUGGAACGAGACCUUCCUAUUUGAAGGGUUCCCGUUUGAGAAGGUGGUCCAGCGCACACUGUACCUGCAAGUGCUAGAUUAUGACCGUUUUAGCAGGAAUGACCCUAUAGGAGAGGUGUCCGUCCCCCUGAACAAGAUCGAUCUGGCCCACAUGCAGACCUUCUGGAAGGAGCUGAAACCCUGCAGCGAUGGCAGUGGGAGUCGAGGAGACCUGCUUGUGUCUCUGUGUUACAAUCCCACUGCCAACACCAUCACUGUGAGCAUCAUCAAGGCACGCAAUCUCAAAGCCAUGGACAUCGGGGGAACAUCCGACCCCUACGUCAAAGUGUGGCUAAUGAACAAAGAUAAACGAGUGGAAAAGAAGAAGACAGUGGUGAUGAAGAGCUGUUUGAACCCCGUGUUUAAUGAGUCCUUCCCCUUUGAUGUCCCCGCUCACGUCCUCAGAGAGACCACCAUCGUCAUCACAGUCAUGGAUAAGGACAGACUGAGCCGCAAUGAUGUCAUAGGCAAGAUCUAUCUCUCAUGGAAGAGUGGCCCAGCAGAGGUAAAGCAUUGGAAAGACAUGAUGAGUCAUCCGCGCACUGCCGUUGCCCAAUGGCACGCUCUCAAAGCUUGAAGGACCCGCCCACCAAAAUUUGUUUAUGGAGACCCUUCCUUUAUUCACUGCUUUUAUUUUUUCCCACCAAAAAGAGGCUAAGCACUGCCAAGAAGACUGGGAGAGAAAGCCUUGCGUAACCGAGAGAGGUAAACAGACUUCCUUGAGAAAAAAAGUUUGACAACUCAACUGUUGAGA